AUGGAGGGAGAGUUCAACUUCAAACUUGAUAUUGGCCUCGCCUUACGGACCUUCCUUCAUUCUCAGUUCUUCGGGACACCGCCCUAUCCAACACAGUCUUUCUCCAGCCAGGUCAUUAUCGUCACUGGCUCCAAUGUCGGUCUGGGAUUCGAAGCUGCCCGACAUUUCUACCGCCUUGACUGCGCGAAACUGAUCCUCGCUGUACGUACAGUCUCCAAAGGUGAGACCGCCAAAGAGGACAUUGUACGGAGUGUGAGACACCGCUCUGAUGGCGCAGAGGCCAUCGAGGUCUGGCCUUUGGACCUUUCCAGCACGGAGAGCACCUUGGCGUUCGCUGAGCGCGUGAAGAAAGAGCUACCGCGGGUCGACGCUGUCGUGGAGAAUGCCGGCAUCAACAAUAUGAGCUGGGCGGUUUCUGAGGGAUUCGAGCAGAUCAUCCAGGUCAAUGUCGUCAACACCCUGCUGCUCGGUCUAUCACUGCUGCCCAAAUUGAGAGAAACUAAGCGCCAAUUUCCCGAGUCCAGCCCUCACUUGGAGAUUGUCAAUUCUGAAGCCCACCACUUUACCAGUUUCAAAGAAGUCAAUGCCCCAGACAUCUAUGCGACUCUGAAUAACGAGAAGAGCGCCGAUAUGAUGGGCAGAUACCCGCUGAGCAAACUCAUCGGUGUGCUCUUUGUCCGCGAGCUCGUUCUGCGACUGCAAGAGCGCGACAAAUCCAGCGCCGUGCCAGCGCCGCCUGUCACGAUUACUUUGGUCAAUCCGGGCCUAUGUGUUUCUGCCCUAGAUAGAAACAUGAUCCUUCCGGGGCGAGUCUUGAUGUAUUUCAUGCGCAUGUUUCUCGGAAGAUCAACAGAGGUUGGCUCUCGGACGCUGGUCUACGGCGCAUGUGUCGGUCCAGACUCGCACGGGGCGUUCAUGUCGGACGGCAAGAAUCAAGAAGUUGAGGGCUGGAUAUAUUCGGACCUGGGAAAGAAGGCACAGUCCAAGGUGUUCGAGCAGACCAUGAAAGUGUUGGAGGCCCGAAAGCCGGGCAUCGGGGCGGGAGUCGGACUGCCAGCCUGA